CGCCGCCCCUCCGGACCCAACCCGACCCCCGCCCCUCCUCAGCAGCGGAGAGAAGCGAACCACGCGGGGCCGGAGGGAGUGGAAUGAAACAGGGAGGGGAAGAACUGCUGCGGGCCCACCCCCGGAUGCGGGCGGGAUCCAACGGGACCGGGAACGGGACCGGGGCGGGGCCAUGACUCAGGGGGCGAGGGCGGGGCCGGGGUACCGCAUGGUGGCCCGUCUCGGGUGGAAACGUCCCCUCGUGGGACCGUCCGCUGUGGCCGCGGCGUUACCGGCCGCCUUAGCCUCGGCAGCCGCGUCCUGCCUCCGUUCGCGCCGGGACUCGCAGGGGGCGGGCGGAGCUCGUGUCUCCUUUGGCUCUUCCCAACAAGGGGCGGAGCGGCCGCGUCCCCGGCCUGCGCCGAGCGAGCCGCCCCGCAGGGCCGGCGCGGAAGGAGUUUGUGCCGGCGGCGGGCGAGUGGCGGUGUGGAGACACGUGCGUGCGGCGAGACCCGGAUGCCGGGCCCGCCGAGCCGGCCGCCCACGGCGAUGAUCGCGGAGAAGCUGCGGGAGGCGCUGGAGCCGGGGCGGCGGGAGGCGGCGGCGGAGCUGGGCCGGCCGCUGGCCGCCGCCGCCCGCUCCGUGCUGCAGCAGCGCAUCGAGUUCGCGCCCGCCCGCCGCGGCUUGGCCGGGCAGCUGGAGCACCUGCGGGACAAGUACGAGCACAUCGGGGCCGAGGUCCUCGGCCGCCCCCUCGGCAUCGCCGGCAGCUUUCCGGAGCGGCCGCAGAAGCUCCCCGGACACAGCCAUGCCCUGCCGAGGGCCGCGGGUGACGGGAUCCCCGCGCCGCAGAAGGUGCUCUUCCCACCGCAGAGCCUCUCCAUGAAGUGGGAGCGGGUUCACCGUGUGGGCGCCGGGCUGAGUAACCUGGGGAACACCUGCUUCCUGAACUCCGCGCUGCAGUGCCUGACCUACACGCCACCACUCACCAACUACCUGCUCUCCCGGGAGCACGGACGCACCUGUGCCCAUGGAAGCUUCUGCAUGAUGUGCACUAUGCAGAACCACAUGAUUCAGACUUUUGCCAACAGCGGAAAUGCAAUAAAGCCACUCUCCAUCAUCCGAGACCUCAAGAAGAUUUCCCAUAACUUGCGCUUCGGUAGGCAGGAGGAUGCACACGAGUUCCUGCGUUACACCAUCGAUGCCAUGCAGAAGGCCUGCCUGAAUGGCUACACCAAGUUGGAUCGACAGACCCAGGCCACAACUCUGGUUCACCAGAUCUUUGGUGGUUACCUGCGGUCCCGUGUGAAAUGCUUGGAGUGCAAGACUGUCUCGGAUACCUAUGACCCUUACUUGGACGUGACACUGGAGGUUGAGCGAGCCGCAAACAUCGUGCGGGCCUUGGAGCUGUUUGUCAAGCCAGAGCAGCUGGGUGGGGACAACGCUUACAGGUGCAGCAUGUGCAGGAAGAAAGUGUUGGCCAGCAAACGUUUCACCAUCCACCGAGCCUCCAACGUUCUCACAAUUUCACUGAAACGCUUUGGCAGUUGCAGCUCCUCAGGUGGAAGGAAAAUAACCAAGGACGUGGGAUACCCAGAGUUCUUGGACAUCCGGCCUUUCAUGUCUGAGCCCAAGGGUGAUCCCAUCACGUAUGGACUUUAUGCAGUGCUGGUACACUCUGGGUACAGCUGCAACGCAGGGCACUACUUCUGCUACGUGAAGGCCAGCAAUGGGCAGUGGUAUCGAAUGAAUGACCAUGAGGUCCACCCUAGCAACAUCAAGGUGGUUCUCAACCAGCAGGCCUAUGUGCUGUUCUACCUGAGGCUGGGCAGCCCCAGGAAGAGCUCAGCAGGGCCCAUGGCCACGGCUGCCUUCAGCCCGCCCAGCUGCACUGCCAGUGACUCCAAGGCAGUGAAGAAACCUGAGAUUAACAGGACCCUGUGUGUGCCACCGAUAGGCCUGAAACAAGACAAACUGCUGGGGAAGCAACUGCCAGGCUCUGGAGAUGUUGGAGUCCCUGUUGCCCGCAGCUCUCCUGGCAUGGGGUCGAAGCUGACAAAUGGAAUUGCUCUGUCAAAGCCACCCUUUCAGACCCCAUCAUCCAAACUGCCCCACAAAGCCACCCACGAGGCCACACUGCUGGGCUGUGACACAGUCCAGAGGCCCAAGAAGCCACAGACCCCUGGCAUGCCCAGAGGAGGCUUCCAUGCCACCAGCACCAUGUGCAGGGCCAAAACAGGGCUGCCCCCACAGGGCUCAGACAGUGAGAAGCCACCUACCUCAUCCAAGCUGCUGAAGUCCAGCCAGGAGCCCAGUGUCUGUGGGGCAAUGGCCAGGACCCUGAAGAAGAGUUCCAGCACAGUAGGGCAGCUGGCCAAGGAGAACCACAGGGCCAAGAGCAAUUCCAGCAGCUUCUGUACCUCUCAGGGAAGGGACUCUGGCAUCCACCUCCCUGCUGGCUCUGGCACCAAGCUGGCUGGCUGUAAAGACUCUGACCUGGCUGCCCCCAAAAGCUCCAGGACAGCCCCUGUGACACCCUCCCCGCCGGGCAGCGCCGUGCUGAAGUGGGGCAGCACCAUGGCACCACUGCUGGCCAGGAAGCCACUGCUCUCAGCCAAAAAGGGCAAACCCUCUCAGAAGGUGAGCAUGAGUGAUCACCAAGCACAGUGCCAGCCCUCAGCCACCACCCACCCUGACUCUACUCCUAGGCCUCUGGGAAAGUCCAGCCUGUCCUCAUCUGCUCUUGAACUUCCCAGUCCUGAAAAGUCUGCCUUCAGUUUCGUGCUCAACUUGCCUGCUCAGCACCCAGCCUCCCUGCUGACCCAUGGUUCCACUGCCCACACUUCACACCACCUUCUUUGUAGCAGCAGGGAGACAGGAUCUGGCCAGGAGGAACCAGAGGGUUCCUUCAAAAAGAAGCGUCGGAAGAGGAAGCAUCGUAGCGCAGACAGGAACCCUUGUGCUGUGGCUGUGAAGGGCAUGGAUGAAGUCUCCAGUCCUCCCAAGAAGGAGAGAGUUAUUUCUCCAGAGGUCUUCAAGGACAAAGACUCCAGGCUCCCCAAGAAAGAGAGCACUGACUCUCAGAAGGACUUCAUUGAUGAAGAUACCAGGCCUCCCAAGAAGAAAGUUGCCUCUCCAGGGGACUUUGUGUCUGUCAUGGGGAAGGAGGUGGCCAGUGAGGGUCUCAGCCAUGACCUGGUCUGUCAGGACAUGAAGAGUGGGCCCAAGCAACAUGUGCCAGAGCCCAGUACUGGCCUGGGCAUGGAGCCAACUUCACCCCUCAAGAGGAAGAAGAAGAAAAAGAAUAGGAGCAAAGACAGGCUUUUGAAGAAGACAGAAGAGUGCAGCUCUGGGAUGCUGCCUUCGGACAGCUCCAGGACAAGUGAACCAGAGCCCUGUAAGACACAUCAGAGCGUGGAGGCUGGAGAGCACAAGCACCGCAAACGCAAGUGGAUGGAAAGCCUCAGUAGCCUGGCUGCCAACACUGUUCCCACCGCCACUGCCACUACCCCAGUGGCAGCACAUCCCAGUGACAACCAGACUGGGGAUGAGAGGUGCUCCCUGGCUGCCCUGAGCCCUGUGGCCAGCAGUUGGGCUGGCACAGCCCCUGAGGGCCAGGAGUCCAGCGUGGUGGACAAGCUGCUCCAGAAUUCCUUGGACAGGGCUUAUGGCAAGCAAGUCUUGACCUGGCAGGGUGAGAUUUCGGCCGUGAGCCAGGAUGCAAUUCGGGACACAGCACUGGCCCAAAGCAAGACCGUCAUCGAUGACUGGGACCAGGAAUUUGACAAAGGAAAGGUAAAGAAAAUGAAGAAGAUGAGGCAGGAGCGGAGGAGAGACUCAAAUCCAUUCCAGAAGUUGCAGAACAAGCGCAACUUCUGGUUGAUGUCACAUCCUGCCAAGAUGGCCAGUCUGGGCCACCGGCUCUAAGGUUGAGAUCUGCAUCCCCAACUGCUCAGGUAGCAGUCCCAUGUCAAGGACCGAGGGCAACACUCUCCUGGGAGCUGUUGGUGGAACACACUGGGAGGGGAGGGAAUACAGCCGCAGCCCUGGCGUUGUGCCUUUUUCCUUCGGGGAGCUGCUUUGCAGCUCCAGAGGAGCCUGCCCACUCUACUGUCCCUCCAACCUGCCUCGGUGGGCACCUCGUCAGCUUCUCGGUGCCUCUUCCCCUCUGGCCCCAGCCCACCCCUGCGGGGACUCCUGGCAAGUGCCUCAAGCCCGUCCCUGUCACUCCGUGCUGCUGUGCCUCCCCUUCCCAACGUUACCGACCCUCAUCUUCCCCUAUUCCCCUCACUCCAUGACCCCCAUCCCCUGCACAAGCUGCAUGGAAAGCCUCCCCCGGCCCCCUGUCGGCCCGGCCCCGCGCUGGCGCGGGGGCACCAGGGGAUCCCUUCGGGGCAGGAGCGCUGCCGCCGCGGCUACGGGCACUGAAGGAUGGAAUUGAAUAAAUCCCGGUCUUUGUCA